AUGGAACGCGCCGGUCGCAACAAAAUCAUAGAGCUGGAAAAGAAGCUCAGUUACGUCAAAGCCGACCAGAAGAAGUUCGACACCGCCCUUGACCUCAUUCGUGAGACCGCCACCCGCCUGAAGUUGACGUGGGCCAAUAUUGACGCAGAAGCUGAGGAAGAGAUGAAGCAGAGAACUAGAAAGAUCAAGGCACAUGGACAGGUCUCACAGCAGGGUAUGGAUGACAUGAUCAAGGAUAACAUCGCUCGGGAUCUAUGGGACCGUGCUCCCUUCAGAGCAGCGAACUACAUCUCUCCCAUCAGACCAAAACAUGUCUAUGUCGACAAUUUGAGCAUUGAGGGUCCUUUACUUGUCAUGGUUUGGAUGCUUCACGCAACACGAAGCGUGGUCGCCAGAGCGAAGAAGGCUCUGACUCAAACCGAAACCAUGGCUCAACUUCGCCAGUACAGCCAGACUCUAGCUCAUCUGCUCGACCACCAUGCCGCUACCAAGUAA